UACAGAGAUGAUGGGAAAUUCCGAACUGGCCCCAGAAGUGGAUGUAAAUUCUCUAAAUCCUUUAAUUUCACAAAAUGUGAUAGACCAGCUUCUUAGCAAGUACAUGUCGACACUUACUUCCAACAUCAUUGGUUGGCUACGAAAAGCACUGGAGACAGAUAAAAAAGACUGGAUAAAAGAAACUGAGCCAGAAGCAGAUCAAGAUGGGUACUAUCAGACUACACUCGCAGCUAUUGUAUUUCAGAUGUUUGAGCAGAAUCUUCAGGUAGCUGCUCAGAUAAGUGAAGAUUUGAAAACGAAGGUACUGCUUCUCUGUCUUCAACAAAUGAAUUCAUUCCUGACAAGGUACAAAGAAGAAGCCCAGUUAUAUAAAGAGGAGCACCUAAAAAAUCGUCAGCAUCCUCAGUGCUAUGUUCAAUAUAUGAUUGCCAUAAUCAACAACUGUCAGACCUUUAAAGAAUCUAUAAUCAGUUUGAAAAGGAAAUAUUUGAAAAAUGAAAUGGAAGAGGGAAUGUCAAGCAGCCAUGCAAACAUGGAUGUAAUUUUAGACACCAUUGCCAAGGAAGGAUGCUCUAGCCUGCUAGAUGAAGUCUUCAUGGAUUUAGAGCCACAUCUCAAUGAGCUGAUGACAAAGAAGUGGCUGACUGGAUCUAAUGCUGUGGACACAAUCUGUGUCACUGUAGAGGAUUAUUUCAAUGAUUUUGCAAAAAUAAAAAAACCCUAUAAAAAGAAAAUGACUGUUGAGGCCCAUCGUAGAGUGGUUGUGGAGUACAUCAAGGCUAUCAUGUUAAAACGUAUAUCUUUCAAGAAUGGAGAAGAAAGAAAAGAAGGUGCAGAAAGAAUGAUCAAAGAAGCAGACCAGUUCAGGUUUCUGUUUAAAAAAUUAGCAGCUGGAUCUGGAGAGCACACUGAAGGGCUUUGUGACAUCAUUGUAGCCAUUGCAGAAGUUAUUAAGCUGACUGAUCCUUCAUUGCUUUAUCUGGAAGUCUCAACUUUAGUUAGUAAAUACCCAGACAUCAGGGAUGACCAUAUUACAGCUUUGCUGACAGUAAGAGGAGAUGCCAGCAGGGACAUGAAACAGACCAUCAUUGAAACUCUGGACCAAGGUUCAAGCCAACCAAAUCCUAACUAUGUGCCAAUUUUUAAAGAAAUUACAGUUCCUACACUAAGUGUGCCAAAACUUCUUAAAUAACUGAUAAACUUGAGUUCAUGUGUCAUUUUUGGUAUGGGAUCAACAUAUUUGACAUGUUCAAAGGCAAAUUUGGCAAUGCCACUUUAAAGGACACUUAAUAUGAUGCUAUUACUUAUUGGGUAUGAGUUUUUAAAAACUUUUGGUGCGAACAGUUGCAAUGAAGAUCCUGGAAACAACCAGCUGUAGAAGUCACUAGCAUGGCUGCUUGAAGAAUGAAACUUUCUGAUGGCCACAGUGCUGUGUACUGACCACUUACACAUUACAGCCAUAGGCACCAUCAGCAAAUAUAUUUUCUCACAAUUACUUAACCUCCUACUUUAUGUAUGUAUUUACUCUGAUGUAAAAUUGUGUCAGAAAAGAGUUAUGAAAUUCACAAAUGUUUAAUAAAAUGACUGAAAUUUCUAGUAUAUAAUUUGGUUCUAGGGUGAAUAAAUGAAAGAAUUUGAUACUUAAGGUACAAUAAUAAUUUUUCAUCCAUUUGAUUUUAACUUUGUGUGUAUUAAGCACUGCCAAAUCCCAAUUAAAUAAAAAUGUUACAGCUUAAA